AUGGCCAUUAAUGGUUUUUCUUAUGGUUAUUUCACCUGCACCACGGGAGUUAGACAAGGUGACCCCUUGUCUCCCCUUCUUUUCUGCUUAGCUGAGGAAGUUCUAAGUAGAAGUAUCUCUAAGUUGGGUUUGGAUGGCAUUCUAGAGCUGAUGUCUCGCAAUAGAGAAGUCUUAGUUCCUUCUCACACUCUCUGCAGAUGA